CCUCGAGGUCCUUCAUCACCACCGUUCUUUGACGACACGGUAAAGGCCGCUUCACACCUCUAUUGAAGCACAAUGUCUUUGCCUCCAGAACAAAUUAAUAUCAAGCGUCGCAGAGAAGAGGAGCCGGUCGAGACUUUAUACAUUCAGUCAGAGCUGCAUCAGACUAAGCGUCGAUUCACGGACUUUGUUUUUCAAAGAGUUCAGAUCAGUGGCAAUAGCCAUGAAGACAGCUCGUCUAGCCCCUCUUCUUUCUCAGCAGCGCGGAGAAUAGUGCUUACUCCGCGGUCGGUGAGCAACACCGUCUAUCCAACUACUGGGGGCGUGACCAACCGCGUUGCUGGUGCAGGAGCAACUGUCCCCUUGGUAAGAGCCACGUCUCCUGGGGCAGAGUUCCGCGAGGAACGUCGCCUGGCGAACGCUCGGAAAGAAAAUGAGGAGAAAUUGAGAAAAGCCUUGCUUUCAACGCCUACAGAAAGCCAGCCGGGAACCCCAUCUGCUGUUCCAGCUUCUAGUGGAAUCGAUGCCGCUAGAAAGGUAGCGUCAUCUGCAUCCAGUGAGAGAGGAAGCCUGGCUUCCUCGCCGGGACGGACGCAAUCUCUACGCCGGUUCCAGAUAUCUAGAUCCACUACGCCAAUGAGCCCGCUCCGUAGCACAGGCGGUGGUGUCCAGAAACGCAAAGAUGGCGCGGUCGCGGUGCUCGUAGAGAAACUGAGGCGCACGCCGCAUUCGAGACAAGCGUCGAUGGUUGCUGAUGCUGCUGCUCAGGUGGAUGAACAGGCAAGCAUGACGGUUGCGGGCGCUCUGGCAUCCGAGCCCGAACGGCCGAGGAAGCGGCCGGUGGUGAACCAGGCGGAGAAGAAAUGGAGAGAGGAGCGUAAGAGCGCGAUCUCGGCUGCGAAGCAGCAUAUCUCACAGGUGCUGGACAGAGAAGCUGAGGCGGCCCAUCAGAGUAAUUGGGAGAAUGAGUCGGAACGAUUGGCAAGGGAACUGGAGAAAGUGGCUCUGGAGCUGGACUCAGAAAUGGAUGUGACGGCCACCGAAACAGACUACACGCAGCGAUCGGGGUCGCAGUUUUCGAGACCGUCUCGACCUCAUUCGGUGAUGCCCAAGCCUCCGUUGAAAUUCCAACCGCGCACGCCCAAUAAGCAUCGUGCGGGAGCCUCGGACGCACAAGUGAUGCAAGGGCCAGUUGAGAAAGUUGAAGAGGCGGCGAACACUCUGUCCGCGGGGCCUGAAGAGGACGAGAGCGACGGGGAGUACGUCUACGACACGUACAUACGGAAGCCACUUCCAGACACUGGACUGCUUACGGACCCAUUAGUUGGUUUGGAUGCGGACCAAGAGGCUUGGUUGCGGCAGCAUGGCAUUGAUGCGAAUCGCCAAGACAUUGGAGUUAUCGUCAUCACGCAGGAGGAUGAGGAGUACUGGGAGAACUUUGUCGAAGACGAUGAGGACGAGGAACGGUGGGAUAGCGAGGAUGCAGAUUCGAACGCUGAAAAUAAUCCCGCAAAUGACUAUCCAGAUGAGGAAUUGUCGUGGGAUGAUGAAGAGGAUGAUCCAACGGCUAUCUACAACAAAUACCGGACGUACGCUCGGUCUGAUGACGAGGAGUUCGACUUUGACGACUCAGCCAGUGAGGGGCGCCAUCGUAGUGGAUUCGGGUUUCGGUCGCACGUGGAUUCAGACGACGAGAGCUGGUGA